UCGGUGCGCGCUUGCAGAGUUGCACUCUGACGCACAUUCUGCCUGAAGCGCGCCAGCAAAGCUUUACGCACAUGCGCCACAACCUGAAGCCCACUAUCUUAUUUCGUUAUCCGUGCGACUAUCUUAAGACGCGGGUCACGCACUUUCCGAGAUCUUCACGCCCGAACAUACGAGCGGGCUAGCUUGCCAGUCUUUUAUGGACCCGCUGAUACACAGAACCGUAAUUUUCGGUGACAGCGGCCACCCGUGCCUGAUUAGCCCGCAGUGUCGAGGCUGCGAAGAAACAUCGGUCACGCGCUGGAAAGGGGGGUCCAGACGGUCUCGUAACGCUUCGCGCUUCCGACGGCUCGGAGCUUUUGUCUUCGAGGACAGCGAACCGACGGCUGUUACACGCUUCAGGACACCAGGGUGGGCCUGACGAUGACCACGCGCAGCGCGGAACACGGUGGAAAUGACUGCUGUCGCCAGAAACGGCAGCAACGGCAGCGGUGGCGACCGGUGCCAGCGUGAGGCGGAGAAAGCGGCGAGCUAGCCCGUGACGUGCACGCACGCCUGUGUUCUCGGCGAUCAGGGUAGACGCAUUUCUGUCGUGUGCUCGGUCCCGUAUAGCCUCCCACAUUUUGCCUCUCUAAGACGUCACCGGCUUCGGAGACCAGGGGAUUGCACACCGUUCACGGACGACGACGACAGAUCCGUGGCCCGCCGCACUGUCCCCGCAGCUGGAUUUCCAGGCUAUGCGUUGACUUCAGCGGCUGCACGAAACCUUCCAACUUGGCUCCAACAAAAAUAAGCCAUGGCUCGAACUGUUGUGCUGGCCGCAGUUUGCUGCCUGGUGGGCGUGGCUUUCCUGCUGCUCGUCGAGCCUCCCGUGGGCGUGUCGGCCGUCCACCUGGCCUACAUCGGCAAUACCACCGCCUGCGAUAUCUGCGACGAGGGCGUCGACUUCUCUGGUCGCAACUUCAUCUGCUGCCUGGCGCACAGCAAGUGCUGCGGGCCCGACAGCCUCGACAGGAAAAGACGGAGCCUGUGAGAUGACGUCAGUAAACUUUUCCCAACUGCACCUGCGCAGAAAAAGCAGUAUACCCUACUUGGUCGACGAUACACUCGUAUUCGCAUACAGACUGCUUCGAGUGGCUAUUGGACUGCACGAAUUCCGAUAAACUGCAUUCAGGCGUAGUGCAGCUAUAUUCAACAAUGACGAGUGCUAUUUAUGGCAUUUUGUACAUCUGAAUAAGGAAAUGUCAUCAUAAUACAUGCUGUGCUUCCCCCCCCCCUUUUUUUUUGUUCCUGUUACGGAUGUUAAAGAACUGGGGAAACAACUUUUCAUGGUCAAGCGGGUUUGUUUGAGCUGUCUCAUAGUCGUAUACAACAUUGGACUGUUCUAAUUAAAUUUGCAAACGUGGCCGAAAUUUAGGGCAACCUACUCGUUACACUCGCGAAUCUCUCGUUGCUUUCUUUUUUUUUAUUCCUUUGUUGUUGUUGUUGUUUUUCCUGUCAUCAGAAGCAGUUAACACAUUUUAGUACUGUUGUCCAGACCAUCUUUGCAUCACGUUCACUUCGUAAGACUGUCAUGAAUAAAGGAUGUGAAAAAAAA